GAAUUUCGAGCUUUGCUUCACACGGACGCGCGCGCCCGGCCACUGCUUCUCGUUUUAAAAAUAAAACAUUUCUUUCGGUAACAUUCCGUUGAACGUUCGCAAACAACGGUCAACAAUAGAUUUCGUUAUGUGAAAAGUGCUUUAUUAAUUGUAUUUUAAAAUAAUAAUGUAUGAAUAUAAUGUUAAAAGCCGAGACGAUGCUAGAGGGAAUGGAAAGCUUAGUGUAUUUCGGUGACAACUAACGACCCUGGGUUGUAUCUUUGGACAAUCAUUUUGGCGGUAUAUGACACAUGCCUAUGGUCUAUUUUUUGACAUUAUGUGUUGUUGAGUUUAGCUUAUGUAGUGUUGUGACGUGGGAAGUGAAUGGUUUUUGUUGGAUUUCGUAUAUAUGCACGAAGGAUAUACUUUAUAGGUGAAAAUGGCGACCGAUACGGCACAAGUAACAGGGGCAACUACACCUGGCGCAGACAGCUUAGGACCAGAUACAGGUCAGGCGUUAGUGGCACAGGCUCCCAAGAAACCGGCGAGACCUAGAGGCAAGCCGCAACCUGAGAAGCCGAAGCGGAGUCUAUUUUGUUUAGGUCUUAAAAAUCCACUCAGGAAGCUGUGCUACGAUAUAGUUGAGUGGAAACCAUUUGAAUACAUGAUAUUGACGACAAUUUUUGCAAAUUGCAUAGCCUUAGCAGUGUUCACGCCUUAUCCGAGCAGUGAUACUAAUAAUACUAAUCAGAUAUUGGAAAAAGUGGAGUGGGUUUUUAUGGUAAUUUUUACGGGAGAAUGUGUAAUGAAGAUUAUAGCAUACGGAUUCUUAAUGCAUCCCGGUGCUUAUUUAAGAAAUACUUGGAAUAGUUUAGAUUUUACUAUAGUUACUAUUGGCAUAAUUAGUAUGGUCCUACAAUACAUUUCCAAAGACUCGUUUGAUGUGAAAGCUCUGAGGGCUUUCAGGGUACUGCGGCCACUUCGCCUGGUGUCCGGUGUUCCAAGUCUUCAAAUAGUUUUAAAUUCUAUCCUAAAAGCAAUGAUUCCGCUUUUCCACAUUGCUUUUUUGGUGCUAUUUGUGAUCAUUAUCUACGCUAUUAUUGGCCUGGAGCUCUUUUCUGGGGUACUUCACGACACCUGCUUUUAUAUAGAAACUGGUGAAAUGGUAGAAGAACCAUCAGCUUGUAGCAGGGAUCCUGAUGUAGGCUUCCAGUGUGACGAAGGUCAAAUUUGUAGAGACUAUUGGAAAGGACCAAACGAUGGAAUAACCAAUUUUGAUAAUAUCGGUUACUCUAUGUUAACAGUGUUCCAGUGCAUUACUCUUGAAGGUUGGACUGAUAUUAUGUAUCAUAUAGCUGAUGUAAAAGGAAACACCUGGGUGUGGAUUUACUUUGUGACGAUGGUCAUUUUUGGCAACUUCUUCGUUAUGAAUCUAAUUCUUGGUGUACUAUCAGGAGAAUUUUCAAAGGAAAGAGAAAAAGCGAAAAGCCGUGGCGAUUUUCAGAAGUCGCGAGAAAGACAACAGUUUGAAGAAGACCUUAAAGGUUACCUUAAUUGGAUCACAGUUGCUGAGGAGUUGGACCUAGAGAAUGAUCAAGGGCAGAAAGAUGAAGAUAGAGAUUCACCAGGUAAAAAGGAACGCAAAAGUAACGACGAAUCUCAGAACAAUAUGAACGCAAAUGGCGAGCAAACGCAAACUUCUACUUGCAAAAUUUAUUGCAAAAGAUUUGAUAAGAUCAACCGUCGCAUGCGUAGAGCGUGUAGAAAAGCUGUCAAGUCGCAAGCCUUCUACUGGGCGAUUAUCGUACUCGUUUUCCUUAACACUUUGGUGUUAGCCUCAGAACAUUAUCAGUAAGUGGUUUCAUUUUAAAGGUUAUCUAAUGACCCGAGAAGUGGCGGUGCAAGAAUAUCUACCACUCCAUAUAGUUCUGUGUGUGUCGUAAGAGUCGAUAGAGGGAAAGAAGCCAGGAAAUAGGCAACGUUAUUCUAAUAACAUCUGGAUGAUAAAAAACUGCAUUUGUCAACACGCCUGCCAAGUUUGCCUACUAUGGCAAAUAUCCUACCUUUGAAACAAUCUGUGGGGGAGGUUUCUGUUUCGCAGUGGACUUUUUAUAGGCUGUUAUAAUAAUGAUGAUCUUUACUUUCAUCUUUUUCAUCAGGUUAGGUUUUAUUUACGUGGUAAAGCCAUGCUGCAGCUAUAUUAUGGUUGAAUCACGAAUGGGUCGGCUCGAACAGGGUCGGCACACGCUAUCACAGAAUACCAGUUUAAAAUAGAAGCUUAAUGCUGCUGUGUUUCGUAUGGUGCGUUUAGAACGGAAGAGCCUUUUUACUGGAAAGAAGCUUUUCAUCUUAGUCCUCAGGGGUGACAACGCAUCGGUAUUUUGAUUCUUAAUUGAGGAAAAACGUAGAUGUCUAUGGGCCACAGCAUUCUCUUACCAUCAGGUGGACUGUGUGCUCGUUUGCCAUUAUUCUAUAAAAACAUUUUAAUUAAACUGAUACAAUUUUAGCUCAGUAUUAUUUUGACCGUUACUCACACUUGCGUGUGGCUCCAACGAUGAUGAGAAAGAUCUUCAAGAAAGGUGACAACGCUCUCUUGAAGAACUACAGACCGAUUUCCCUUCUGAGCCGCGUCUACGUGCUGUUUUCGAGAGUCAUUACGAAUCGUCUCGCGCGCAGACUUGACGACUUCCAGCCUCCCGAACAAGCCGGUUUCCGAAAGGGCUUUAGCACCAUAGACCACAUACAUACCCUUCGGCAAGUUGUACAGAAGUCCGAAGAGUACAAUCUGCCACUAUGUCUGGCGUAUGUGGACUAUGAGAAAGCCUUUGAUUCCGUCGAAAAUUGGGCGGUGCUGCAGUCCCUUCAGCGGUGCCAAGUUGACUGUCGGUAUAUCGAAGUGUUGAAGUGCUUGUACAGUAGGGCUACGAUGGCUAUCCGAGUACAGAACCAGAAUACGAAACCUAUCCAAUUGCAGAGAGGUGUAAGACAGGGUGACGUCAUAUCCCCGAAACUCUUCACCGCUGCAUCGGAAGACGUUUUCAAGCUUCUGGACUGGAAAGGAUACGGUAUCAACAUCAAUGGCGAGUACAUCACUCACCUUCGAUUUGCCGACGAUAUAGUCCUUAUGGCAGAAUCGCUGGAGGACCUAAGCACUAUGCUCAAUGACCUCAAUAGUGUUUCCCAACGGAUAGGUCUUAAGAUGAACAUGGACAAAACAAAGAUCAUGUUUAAUGUCCAUGUCACACCUAUGCCGGUAGUUGUUGGGAGCACUAAGCUCGAAGUUGUUGACGAGUAUGUUUACCUGGGACAAAUAGUCCGACUAGGUAAGUCCAACUUCGACCGAGAGGUCAAUCGACGGAUUCAACUCGGCUGGGCAGCGUUCGGGAAGCUACGACACAUCUUCUCGUCAGACAUACCUCAAAACCUUAAAACGAAAUUGUACAACCAGUGCGUGUUGCCAGUGAUGACUUACGGAACUGAGACGUGGUCCUUCACUGCUGGCCGUAUGAGGAAGCUCAAGGUCGCUCAGCGAGCUAUGGAGAGGGCUAUGCUCGGAGUUUCUCUGCGUGAUAAACUUAGGAAUGAGGAUAUCCGCAGUAGAACCAGAGUGACCGACAUAGCCCAACGGAUUAGUAAGCUGAAGUGGCAGUGGGCCGGCCAUAUAGCUCGAAGAACCGACAACCGAUGGGGAAGAAAGGUUCUCGAGUGGCAGCCUCGUACCGGUAGGCGAAGUGUAGGGUGUCCCCCCACGAGAUGGAGUGACGACCUGGUAAGACAUGCAGGAAGUCGAUGGAUGCAGGUGGCUCAGGACCGUGCUUUGUGGCAUUCCUUGGGGGAGGCCUAUGUUCAGCAGUGGACUUGUGAAGGGCUGUAAUGAUGAUGAUGAUGAUGAUGAUUAUUUUGACCACAGAGGCAACCAGCGCUCGUAUUCUGCUAUUCAAAAAGUGGAGUAAAGAAUAGUCUAUGAAUCAAAGAUCUUCAUUUCUUUUUCAGACAACCUCACUAUCUUGACGACUUCCAGAAUUACGCUAACUACCUGUUUGUGGUUCUGUUUACGAUAGAAAUGCUUGUCAAAAUGUACGCUUUGGGCAUCCAGGUAUGUAAUAUUUACUCAAUUCUUCAAUGUAAAUUAAAAACUACUAGUCAGACCUUGAUGAAAUUUAUUUGGGUCUACAUGAGAGAC